AUGAAUGGCAAGCGUCGAGCAGGCCAUGUUGACUCGCCCGAAUUAUCGACACCAGAUCCUCCCCAGAAACGCAUCCGCAAACGCAACGACGACACUUAUUUCCCUGACGUCGAAACUGUAGACAGCACUCAGGAACUAGGCACGAAGAUCAUCAGUUUACUGAAACGAUCCCAAGACAAAAAUGGACGUCUCAUUGCGACAGAGUUCCUGGAUCUGCCAGAGAGGAGUUUAUACCCUGAUUACUACGAGCAGAUUCCCCUGCCGAUGUCCAUCACUGUUAUUGAGAAGAAGUUGAGUCGUGGCGAGUAUGCCAGCAUGACAGCUCUCGAAUCAGACCUGAAGAGGAUGGUCCAGAAUGCUAAAGACUAUAAUUCCAGCAAGUCUGAGAUCUUCGAGGAUGCUGAAAGGAUUCGAAAGGCCCUAUCAAAUUUCAUGCCAAAGCAUAAUCCAGCAUACCAAGAUCCCGAAUAUCGAGCAGUGCCAACUCCAAUACCCGAUCACGUCGUUCGAUCUGCUCCCAGGGAAGCUUCAGCCACCGCCAGUGAACACAGCACCAUUAAAUUAAGACUAAACACUGGUGGCAGGCCGAGGAGUGCUGCUCCAAGCGACCCUCCUGCAAUCCCUACACCCGACGAGGAUAUGACACAGGCUCAAUUGGAUAUCCUUGAUCAGCUGUCCGUGCAGGACGAUGCCAUUAAUUUCGAGCACAAACCCUCUAGGCGAGAUUAUGGCGAUUACUACAGGAUCAUCAAACAGCCGACCUCAAUCAACGAUGUCCGCAAGUCAGUGCAGCAAGGCAAGGUCAAGUCGUGGGAAGACUUUGCCAGGGAAGUCAGAUUGAUAUGGACAAAUGCAAAGGAGUAUAACGAACCCACUUCUACCAUAUAUUCCAUGACUGAACGCCUGGAGACAUGGACAGAAGAUAAACUAAAGGCCCACGGUGUGGCUCCGAAAGUAGUUACCAAACUGUCUUUGAAGACCCAACCUCCUCCGUCAUUGAAGUUGAAGGUUGGAACACCGGCACCUGCGACAACUGGCAGUGGUUAUACUGUCGAUCAAUCUGCUCUUGACCGCCAGAAAUCAGAAUUGGCCUCGGCGCUGAACCGAGCAAGAGAUGGAUCAGAGGUAACUUCCACUCCAGUACCGCCUGUACCAUCCUCUCUUCGACGGAGUAUCUCGGUUGUCGAUCCGGGUGUACCUAUGACGGGCACGAACGGAACUGCAGCUACACCUCUUAUACCAUCCAGACCAUCGGUACCACCACCAGGACCGGCUCACCUUCCCGCACCAACCCUCGAGGGAGAGCUACCAAGACAAGAGCUAAAGUCCUCCUUGCAACCACCACUAGCUCCUCUAACGAACGGCUACCACGCUCCACCUCGAUCGCAACCACAAGUUCCUACCUCGAACAUUUUCGCCGAAUCCUCGAACCCAAUAGACCGCAAGUUUCGUGACCCGAACAAAUCCUCUGCCGAUGCCCUUCUCCCCUCCAUAACAUACAUGACCAGCCCACUUCUCGUAUCCGACCCUCACUGGAAAAUCACCCGCUUCGCCCACCCUCAGAAAACACAAACAAGUUACUACACAUAUCUUCCCUCCACACACUCUGCCCUGCGCGUCGUCCCAGAAUUACAUCUCGACCUCAAGCAGGGCCGGCGCAAGUACAAGCUCUUCGUACUGAAUAACAACACAGUCGUACCCGCAAGUCCAGACGUGGCAGGGCAGGGCGUGUAUGAUUUACAGCUUAUGCUUGGGGAAAACGUGAUAACUGUUGAGGCCAUUAGUGCCUUGCAAGACGGAGAGAGGAAAGAGUAUGCACGGGAUUGGGAGCAGUUUGAUUUCGAGCGUGUCACUUUCUAUGUGUAUCUGCGACCUCAAGGGUUGUGA